AUGGAGAUACAGUGGCGUUUAUGGAACAAGGACUGGGCCUCCUUUAUAAGGCCAUGGAUACCUAUACUGUUAGGCCUUCACCUGCAGUUCUCCCGGGCCUCCAACUGUCCCGAGGAGUGCCGCUGUGAUCGCACCUUUGUUUACUGCAACGAGCGGAGCCUGACCUCAGUGCCUCUGGGAAUUGGUGAGGGCUAUAAGACCCUCUACCUCCACAACAACCAAAUCAAUAACGCUGGGUUUCCUUUGGAGCUCCACCAUGUGGCUUCCGUGGAAACUGUGUAUCUUUAUGGCAACCAGCUGGAUGAGUUCCCCAUCAACCUGCCCAAAAAUGUAAGGAUUCUCCAUCUGCAAGAGAACAACAUUCAGACCAUCUCCAGAGUGGCUCUGGCUCAGCUCCUUUGGCUGGAGGAGCUACAUUUGGAUGAUAACUCCAUUUCUACUGUAGGGGUAGAGGAAGGGGCCUUCCGUGAGGCAGUGAGCCUGAAGAUGCUCUUCCUCACCAAAAACCACCUGAGCAGCGUGCCUAUUGGUCUUCCAGAUGAUCUAAAAGAGUUGCGUUUGGAUGAGAACCGGAUUGCAGUCAUCGCAGAGGAAGCAUUUAGGAAUGUCACACGCCUGCAGCGCCUUCUGUUGGAUGGGAACUUGUUGACAGAUGAAGGGAUUGCACCAGGGACCUUUCAGGACCUGGUCACCCUGAGGGAGCUGUCUUUGGCCCGCAACUCACUCACGCACCCUCCCCCGUUCCUCCCAGGGGAGGUGCUCGUCAAAUUAAACUUUCAGGAAAAUCAGAUAAACCACAUCCCUGUCAGGGCAUUCGCAGGGUUGCACAAGCUGGAGAGGCUGGAUAUUUCCAACAACCAGCUGCAGUCGUUGACACAGGGGGUCUUUGAUGGCCUCAGCAGUCUCAGACAGCUUACUGUUCGGAACAACCUUUGGCUGUGCGACUGCAGCAUCAAAUGGGUGGUGUCAUGGCUCAAAUCUCUCCCAGCCUCCCUGAAUGUGCGUGGCUUCAUGUGCCAUAAACCUGAAAAGUUCAGAGGCAUGGUGAUCAGGGAGCUGAGUGCCGAGCUGGUCCAGUGCCCACAGAGCACAGCCACGGCACCCCUGCCAACCUCUUCAGCUGACACUGCUCUGAUCCCCUCCCUGUCUUCAUCCACAGACUCCCCCCUGGUCACUCAGUAUGUUUCCUCCUCCCCUCCCAGGCAACCCUUGCCCACGUUACCCAACCUCUACCCUGUCUAUUCAACCAGAGAGGGGGGGUUGAGGACUAAGCAACCUCUAGACCCCCGGAGGGAAACUUUGCAGGUCACAUUUGCCAUACUGAAUGGCUCAGCUAUCCACGUCAGCUGGGUGGCUGCCUUUCCAGUCACUGCCUACAAGGUGACCUGGGCUAGGAUGGGUCCCAGUCUGACAGGGGACACUGUCAGGGAGAGGAUAGUGGGUGGUGACCACCGAGGAAUCCGACUGGCUAAUCUUGAGCCAAAGUCCACCUAUCGGAUCUGCGUCAUUCCCUUGGAUGCAUUCAAUAAUUACCGGCCCAAAGAUGAUACUGUGUGCACUGAGGCCAUGACCACGCCGGCAUCCUUCAGCCCUGACAACAACAAAAGACCGUCAGGGCCUGAGCAGGCCACACAGCAGGAGCCCAGCUCGCCUUUCUUGCUGGCUGGGCUGAUUGGCGGGGCUGUGAUUGUGGUGCUGGUGGUGCUCCUCAGCAUCUUCUGCUGGCACAUGCACAAGAAGAGCCGCUCGAAGUCCUCCACCAAGUGGAAAUACAACCGAGGUCGAAGAAAAGAUGACUAUUGCGAGGCAGGCACCAAGAAAGAUAAUUCCAUCCUGGAAAUGACUGAGACCAGUUUCCAGAUAGUGUCGCUCAACAACGAGCAGCUCCUCAAGGGAGACUUCUGCAUUCAGCCUAUUUACACCCCUAAUGGGGGCAUCGGCUUUCGAGACUGCCCGCUGGGGAACAACAGCACAGUCUACUGCAAAAACAAUGUUCAGGAUGCAGACCUUUGUCGCACAUGA